AUGCCACCCAAAAGACAUUUGGAGGACGAAUCAAAGAAUCCUGAUAAGAGACAGAAAGGUGAUAUCGUGGGUAGAGGUUUAAAUGUUGAAUUACAUCCAUUGUUACAAGGGCAAACAGACACCACCAUAAGCCAACCAAUUGAUAAUCCAAACAUUAAUAAAGUCAAUAAAAGAGGUUAUAAAGUGAAUCCAUAUCUUGAUAAUCUUGAUCGCUCUAGAAAGAAACGUGAACUUCAAUUCAAUGAAUCAGGGAAAUAUAUCGAACAAGCUAAUGAAAUACGGAAACAACAAAGACUUGCUGAAUUGAAAAGAAAAAUAGAUGAAUCAACUAAGAAGGCGGGGCUUGAGCCAGACCUAGCAAUUGGUGAAGACUUGUAUAAAGUUGCUAAACCACCACAAGUUGAAUGGUGGGAUGAACCGUUAUUGAUCGAUGGUGAUUAUGCAAAAAUCAACCAGGAUGCAAUUUCACCAUAUAUUCAACAUCCUGUUCCUAUUAACGCUCCAUGGGAACGCCAUUUGCCACCACCUAAGCCUUUGUAUUUGACUAAGAAGGAGAUGAAGAGAAUACGAAGAAAUGAUCGUGCUGAGAAGUAUAAAGAACAACAAGAUAGAAUAAAGUUGGGAUUAGAACCAGCACCACCUCCAAAAGUCAAAUUGAGUAAUCUGAUGAGUGCACUGACUAAUGAAGCUAUUAAAGACCCCACUGCUGUGGAACAAAGGGUUAGAAAAGAAGUUGAAGAGAGAAGAUUGAAACAUGAAGCUACAAAUGAAGAACGAAAAUUGACCAAGGAGGAAAGACACGAAAAGGAGAAUGCCAAAUAUGAAAGGGAUUUGGAAAAAGGUUAUUGCACUGCUGUCUUUAUUGUUGAUAAGCUUGUUCAUCCUUCACACAAGUUUAAGCUGGACAUUAAUGCCAAACAGUUGAACCUUGUUGGUGUUGUGUUGUAUAAUGAACAAUUCAAUCUAGUUAUAGUGGAAGGAAGUGAGAAAAACAUCAAGUUUUACAAAAAAUUGAUGCUUAAUAGAAUCAAAUGGACAGAUAGUACUACCGUUGACGAACAGCAUUUUGAUUUGAGUAAGAAUAAAUGUCAAAUUCUUUGGGAAGGUCAAUUAAAGGACCUACAUUUCAAAAAAUGGUCAAAAUUUCAUGCAGAUGAUGAAGAGACAGCUGUGGAGUUUUUGAAGAGAUUUAGUGUUGAAAACUACUGGAGAGAAGGGAAAGUCAAAGUUAAUCAAUGA